AAACAUGGCGUCUGACUUCAGGUGGAGAUGUGCGGUGCUCCUGCUCUGCACUUAUUUGCUUUGUAUUUUAGCGGCUGACAGCAAAGAUAAGACCAAGAAAAAGAAAGAUAUCCGAGACUACAAUGAUGCAGAUAUGGCACGGCUCCUGGAACAAUGGGAGGAGGAUGAUGACAUUGAGGAAGGUGAUCUUCCAGAGCACAAGAGGUCCCCCCCUCCCAUCGAUUUCUCCAAGGUGGACACCUCUAAGCCAGAGGAUCUGCUUAAGAUGUCCAAGAAGGGCAGGACUCUGAUGGUCUUUGCUACAGUGUCAGAGAAUCCCACAGAGAAAGAGACGGAGGAGAUCACAGGCCUGUGGCAGGGCAGCCUCUUCAACGCCAACUUUGAUAUUCAGAGGUUUGUGGUGGGUUCCAACAGAGUGAUCUUCAUGCUGCGGGACGGCAGUCUGGCCUGGGAGGUCAAAGACUUCCUUGUGGCCCAGGACCGCUGCAUGGACGUCACAGUGGAGGGACAGGUGUUUCCUGGGAAGGCUAGUAAGAAGGACAAUGUUACAUCUAACCAGCAGAAUGAGGUCAAUGCCAAGAAGAAGAGCAAGAAGAAGACGGAGAGCAAGAAGCCUGACUUUGAGGGGAACAGUGCCAGCAAUCUGAAAAAUGAGCUGUGAUGGGAUAAGACGGAGUGAGAUGAGGAGACACAGGUCCUUUUCCUUCUGACCUUAGACAUCCUUACUGUAUUCUCUAGACCAACAUCUGUGAGCAGUAAACCUAAGAAGGGCUGCUGGACCAUGUGAAGAUGCAGCGGCUCAGCGUCUGUGGUAUGAGUGAACUAAUAAAUCCUGUUCGGUACAUGAACCAUGACUGCUGAGCUGGAGUCAUUACUCAGACAGUUAUUGUCUCCACCUCUCCCUCAGUGGAACAUGUUGCAACGACAAGUACAUUCUGGAAAUCAUCAUUCGUUGUCACAGAGCGAUAACAAGCUCUUUACAAUCAGUUGUAAUGUCAGUGCUGACUGGUUUACUUAUUUUCUGUUAGAUUAUCACUAAAUGAAAACCAAUGCAUGCACAUUUUGUUUGAAAGGCACUCAUCAUAAGCAUUAUUAAACUUUCAUUUUUUUUCCUGUGCAUAGAGCUGAGUGAGGUACAAGAAGUGGUUUUGCUGGUAGAGACGUGGAAUCAUUUGUCAAACUGUCCUGAUGUCCUGAUCAACAUUUGAUAUAAAAGUACAGCCCACAUUUUGUUUGAUUUUUCACUGAAAAUAAAAAAUGUUUUUUACAUAAUCA